AUGCCGCCAAACCACGCCUCCUCAGACCCACUUUCACACUCUGAUUGGUCUUUUUACCUGCCUGUCUACGCCGCCGCUCCCCGAUCUCCACGCUCAUUGGCUGCACCGCCCCGUCGGCUGAGACAGGAAGGGAAGAUGGCGGCGGCGGCGGCGGCGGCGGCGGUGCUGGCGGCGGAUGAAGCAGAGCGGGCGCGGGGCCGUCGGGCCGCGCUGUCCUUCGCGACCAUCGCCGUGGUGCUGGGGCUGCCGCUGUGGUGGAGAACGACCGAGACGUACCGCGCCGCGCUGCCCUACGGCGACAUCGCGGGGCUGGGCCGGCUGCCGUUCCAGCUCUCGGUGCCCGUCUCUGUGGUGUUCGCGCCGGGGUCGCUGCCCCGGGACCUGCUGCGGCCGCUGCCGUUCAGGGACGUGCAGGAGAUGGAGAUACCGGUGAACGUGAGAACCAGUGUCACGUCCUGCUAUGAGAUGCUCUAUCGCAGCACCACGGCGCAGGAGGAGGCAGCGCUGGAUGCGGCUACUGCACGAGAGGCUGACGCUGCUCUGCACCCGCUGCAGGGCACCUCCUUGGGCUCUCUGACCAUGUAUGUGGUUCCUGAAACCUCCCCUCUCCUGCCUCAGGGGAUCAAUGCCUACGUGGGGAAGCACCGCAGUGCCCUGGUGAGGGCUGUGGGGACGCUGCCCGCCCUCCGCUCCCGCCUCCGGCAGCUCACUCAGGUGAUGUCCUUCACUGCCAGCUCCAUCACUGCUGCCCUCUCAGACCGUGUGCCCGAUGGCCAGCCUGGCCCCGAUGCCCGGAGGAGCUUGAAAUCCAGCCUGGGGUACGAGAUCACCUUCAGCCUCCUGAACCCCGACCCCAAGUCCCACGAUGUGCACUGGGCCAUCGAGGAUGCUGUGAGCCGCUACGUGCAGCCCAUCCUGGACAGACUGAGCUUGGUGGCCAACUUCUCUGUUGAUUCACAGAUCCUGUACUAUGCUGUCCUAGGAGUGACGCCGCGCUAUGACAAGGAGUCCUCUAGCUUCCUCCUGAGUGCUCACAGCCUCCCACACGUCAUCAACCCCGUGGAGGCCCGGCUGGGCUCCAGCGCUGCCUCGCUCUACCCCGUGCUCAACUUCCUGCUGUACGUUCCGGAGCGCUCCCAUUCUCCUCUGUACAUCCAGGAUAAGGAUGGAGCCCCUGUGAGCACCAAUGCCUUCCACAGCCCCCGCUGGGGCGGCAUCGUGGUUUACAAUGUGGAAGCUCCUGCUUCCCCCCAGGCUUCCCUCCCUCUGCACGUGGAUGUGGACAUGGCACGAGUGAUGGAGGUUUUCCUGGCCCAGCUCCGAUUACUCUUUGGGUUAUCUCGGGAAGAGCUGCCCCCAGAGUUCCUGCUGGAGAGCCCUGGGAAUGAGGGGCUGGCUGACUGGGAGCUGGACCGCCUGCUCUGGGCACACACCGUGGAGAACAUCGCCACCGUCUCCACCACCUUGACCUCGCUGGCCCAGCUCCUGGACAAGAUUGGGAACAUCGUCAUCAAAGAUGAUGUUGCCUCUGAGGUGUACCGAGCAGUGGCCUCAGCACAGAGCGCCAUGGACAAGCUGGCCGCAGGCCAUCUGCACCCAGCCUUCCAGGCCAGCAAGGAGGCAGCCACCUCCUCGGAGCGAGCCUUCUUUGACCCAUCUCUCCUCCAUCUCCUUUACUUCCCUGAUGACCAGAAAUUUGCCAUCUACGUCCCGCUCUUUCUGCCCAUGGCUGUCCCCAUCCUCCUCUCCCUGGCCAAGAUCAUCCGGGAGACCAGGCAGAAGAAGAAGGAGCCCACCAAGAUGGACUGAGCCCAUUGGCCUGGUGACCUGGCUUAGGGUUGGGGCUGUCCCUACCUCAUGGAAC